AUGGCCUCCCAGUCACCGCUCCCCACAGCAGAGCUCGAGCAGAUCGCUAGCAGUGCUUGCGAACAAGCCAUCGGCGCAUCAGAGGCAUACGAUCACACCAAAGUAGCAGACUGGAACACCACUAUCAUCGUAAGCAAAUCCCCUAUCAGAACACCCGUCGUCGCACAAACCCAUACACGCGACCGCCUCCCUUUUGCCUUCUUCCUUGUUCAACCCAAAAGCCCCACAAAGCAUGUUAAUAACACUACACAGCAAACCAUCCUCAAAACCCUCAUCGCCAAAACCUCGCACAACGCAUCGUCCCCCGACACCAAAGUCGAGCUCAGCCCCGAGGCCGGACAACCCGCCUACAAGUACAUUGCCAACAGCACCGUCAUCCAACACAUUGGCUCGCCUUCAGAACCGGAAAAGCACGGCCGUCGCGGCAUGCACAGCGCUGUCGGCGCCUUCUGGAACAACGAGAAGGAUGGAACGUAUAGCUACAAGUGGGAGGGCGCAGAGAAGAAGGGCAUGGAUAUUGUGAUUACUAUUACCUGGAUCGCUAUAUAA